CUUGUGGGAGGUGCUUGAGGCCGCCGAGGUCUUUGGUGUCUGUUGAACGGCUUGUGGAAGCCGUGCUGCGUUGGGUAGGGGUUAAAAUCGUUCUCGAGAGGAACGUCUCUGUCCGAAGAGAACAUGAGUUUAGCUCUGAGGUCGGUAAUGAGCUGGCGGCAAUGCUCUCCACACCCCGCCGCGGGCCCCAGGGCGGCUGUGUGUGGAAGGGAGGCAGCUUGGGGCCGAGAAAUGAGCUUGUAGUAGACAAAACAAAGAGGAAAAAAAGAAGAGAACUCUCUGAAGAACAGAAACAAGAAAUUAAAGAUGCUUUUGAACUUUUUGACACAGACAAAGAUGAAGCAAUAGAUUAUCAUGAAUUAAAGGUGGCAAUGAGAGCCUUGGGGUUUGAUGUAAAAAAAGCUGAUGUACUGAAGAUUCUUAAAGAUUAUGACAGAGAAGCCACAGGGAAAAUCACCUUUGAAGAUUUUAAUGAAGUUGUGACAGACUGGAUAUUGGAAAGAGAUCCACGUGAAGAAAUAUUGAAGGCAUUUAAACUAUUUGAUGAUGAUGAUUCAGGUAAAAUAAGCCUGAGGAAUUUGCGACGUGUUGCCAGAGAAUUGGGUGAAAACAUGAGUGAUGAAGAACUUCGGGCUAUGAUAGAAGAAUUUGAUAAAGAUGGUGAUGGAGAAAUAAAUCAAGAGGAAUUCAUUGCUAUUAUGACUGGUGACAUUUAAAGAAUUACAAGGAUAAACACUAAGAAUGUUGCAGUUACCAUCUUAUAUUCUAUUUUUGUGCCUGAAGCCGUGUUUAAAACAAAAAACAACUUAGUUCUUUUUUCCAAAAGGACCAAAAAUAAGCAUCUUAUGUAUUCAUAUUUUACUACUGUUAAGUUUCUUUAUAUGAACAGUAUUGUUAGUACUCUAAUAGUUUAGCUUUGUAUUUAUAAUAUAGCUUUUAUAUAUAAAGUUUAAAAAAUUGAAUCAUGUGGUACACAUUUUUUGAAGGUUUUUUAUUUAGCAUUAGUAGUCACUUUUGGUGCACAUGUUUUUCAGACUUUCCUUAAUAAAAUGUUUAUUUUUUAGUAUUUCAAAA